AUGUCGAGCGGCUCGUGCACGGCGCAGACCGCCGCCGCCUGGCUUUCAGCACACCUCGAGGACCACGUUGAGGCCGCAGCCGACCUCAAUCAGUACUGGUACAGCGCCUCGACCAUCGCAACGCUUUGUGACCUCGUCCGUGAGCAGUGCUUCCGGUCCGACCAUUCGUGUGCGUUGGAUUGUGCCUUCCUCUCCACACCGUCACUAUUCUUUGCGCUGACGCCGGCAGAGCGCGCCCGCUCGCGCGUGCUUGACUUUGACGAGGCCCUCGGUGUCGGCGAGCCGGGCUUCGUGCGGUACGACUUUCACGAGCCGACAGCACUUCCUCCGGCGCUUGCAGGAGCGUUCCGCUGCGUCGUCAUCGAUCCUCC